AUGCGGCGGCGCGACUUAGAAGGCCGAGCUGGCCGGCCGGACGCUCGGCGCUUGCGCCGUGCGGAGGAUCAGGCCACCGCAGAAGGCGACAACUCCUCAGAGCUCCUGCUCUGCACGCGGCAUCAGAAAAAGCGCCCCUGGUCGAAAUUGGAGGCGGAUGCGCAGAAGAAGUGGGUGUGCAUCGCGUCGUGUCCAUGCACGAUUCAGGUUGGAGGUGGUGAAGCCGCCCUGGCGGAGCUCCGACUGGUGCUGCGAAGUCGGAACGAGGAGCAGCUCCUGAAGUGCUUGGAGGCCGGCGCUGCUCCGGCAGCAGGAGGCUCAGUUGCGCCACCUGCCACCCCAGCGCCCUCGGUGGAGGUCAGCCAAACGGCGGCGUCUGCCGAGCAGGAGGAGCAGAAGCGGAAGGAGCGGGAGAUGGACGAGGAGAGGCAGCGCGAGCGCGAGCGACAAGAAAGAGAGCAGCGAGAGAAGGAGAAGGAGAGGGCCCUAAGGGCCCAGAAGGAGAAGGAGAAGGAGAAGGAGAAGGAGAGGGAGAGGGAGAAGGAGAAGGAGAAGGCUGCGCAGGCGAAAGCUGCAGCCCCUGUCAAGGACCCAAAGGACACAAAGCCGAUGUCCAAAGUCCGUCAGAGAAUGCAGGAGGCAAAUAUCGACUUCGCGGAUCUCUGA